AUGUGGUGGGCAGAUGGGAUCCGUUUUGGCUGCACUGCCUGUGGACGUUGCUGCGUUCGCCGUGUGCCCGCUGCAUCAGCGCCUUUGGCAGAAGCAGAAAUGCAGAGCAUGGCCAAGAUUCUUGGCUUGCCAUUGGCUGGAUUCAAGUCAAAGUACACUGCGAGAGUGGAGUCAGAGAACAUCAAAGGUAGACAGCUGAAGGUUGAUCCUGCGGGAAGGUGUUUGCUGCUGACUGAGUCCGGCCAGUGUUCAGUUCACAGUGCUCGACCAGCUUCCUGUCGAACUUAUCCCUUUUGGCCAGAAAAUUUAGCAUCACGCUAUGAAUGGGCAAGAGAAUCCAUCCAGUGCGAAGGUAUCCAGAACACCUGGGUUCCAGAAAGCGGGACUUCAGUACCUACAGUGUCAGCAAGAUCUGUUGAAGACGAACUGUUGGUGGAGGAGUUGCGCACUGCUGGUCAUCUUCACAACGAAAACUGGACUCACUCUCAGGCAAUGGAAUACAUCGGAGAGCUGUGGGAGGCAAACAUGUCGGACCUGGAACUCGAGCCUCUGCCUGCUCCACGCAAAGUUCUGUGGCAUGAAGGUGGGCUGGUUGUGCUCGAAACCGCAGCAGAUUCAGGAGACGAAGGCACAGAACACGAGUCGAAUUUGCCUGGAAUGAUCCGAUCUCUUCACUUUGAGUCUUCAAUUGGUGUGGUCCAGACUGAGGUGCGCUACCAUCCAGAACGGGGCUUUGACUACAGCAGCCUGGUUUUCGGGGUGCAUGAAGCAUUCCUUCAAAUACUUCAGGAGAAAGCUGCACUUCUGAAAGGGGUUCUCGAUGCUACUGUUGUGGUUCUGGGGGGAGGAGGAGGAGUUCUGCCAAUGGCUUUGAAACAUUUAGUCAUCAGGCAUCGUUCUGAGGAUGGUCCUUUGAAAUCCAUUCGUACUAUUGUCUCCGUUGAAAAAGAUCACGCAGUGGCAGACUUGGGGAGAAAUUUCUUCGGCUUUGAGGCUGGAAACGAUGAAGACGUUGACCUCAAGCUCCAUAUUCAGGACGCUUUGAAUUUCAUCGAUUCAAGUUGGAAACGCGAAGAUUCAGCAGUCUUUGCCAUCCUCGUGGAUAUUGCAGGCGAGGUGUAUCGAUCUUCUGGUGGAGAGGUGCUUGCGCCCAACGUGGAAUUCUUGCGAGGCCGCUUUGUCACUGCAGCUGCUUUGGCGGUACAACCAAAAGGCGUUGUUGCAUGGAAUGUGCUUGUCAGUGAGCUGGGCGAGGAGAACCUGCUGCAGUCGACCAUUGAGGCGCUUCGCUCUGCAGUGCCUGAUGACAAGUUUGAAGUUGUCCUACAAGGCUUUGCUCCGGAUCUACUUGGGCUUCAGGCCGAUCCGCCGCAGCUGCGGCGUGGCCCAGUGGUUACUGAUCGGAUCAUGGAGAGAGGUGGAAUCGGUGGAAGCGGAAUUGUUUUAGGAGUUGCUCACGUGACCAGAGUGACCACUCCUACCACUUUUGCUUCUUAUCGCAGAAGAGCUGCUCUAGAUCCAGAUGGCUAUGGAGCUGCUGCCGACGAGUCGUUUUCCUGUUUGUUAGACCGUUUGGGACUCCUUACAUCUGUACUCCUGUACGAGGACAAAACAGUCUGGGAGACCUACACUCGCCCAACGCUGACUCAAUCAUCUCCUCCUGGCUUUGGUUGGGCAGCAGCGAUGGCAGAGCAGCGAUGCCAGGUUAAGCGGCUGCGUGAAGAGCAGUUCUUUCACGAGCCCUUGAACACUGCUGCGGUCCUGGUUGAACUGCGAAGUGUUUUGGAGGCAGUGUCCGAUCGACUGGAUGGCAAUGGAAGCUUCGGUGGUUCGGUGCCCGAACUGAGUAGCCUGGAUGCGCGUACCUAUGCGCAGCUUGUCGUGCUUCUCAGCAUUCCAUGCCGUGGCUCCAGUUUAGAGAAAGUGCUGGCGGACUUCCCGGCUUUGUCCCGGUAUGUCGGCUGCAUCGAAGAAAGGCUUCCAGGGACUUGGCCAGACUACUCCACUUUCUUGCAGGCCUUGUCUCCAGACGAGCGCCCGCCGCCACCACCGCAGUCCACGUUCCAAAGUAAGUCCGCGGUCACAAUGGAGCAAGGAAGAUUCCGAAACCAGGAGUGGUGGGAAAUCUGGGGCUGGUCGUGGGGAGGUCGAAAACGACCAGUGCAGUUUUCUGGGCCAGGUAAGUCUCCACCGGCAGUGUAUGCAGUCACCUUUGGCAUUGUCUCCGGGAUGUCCUUUCUGGCAGCAAUACUGUGUGGUCUCGGUCCCAACAAACCUUUGACUGCGCUGCGGCGGAUGCUGCUCUCGGAAAGUGAAGGUGAAUAA